AUGCGUUUCGUGAUUACAUGGGUAAUGAAAGAGUUAUUUGAUCGCUUGCGAUACCAACAUGUAAUGUGCGUAUGUUAUCAAAGUGGUCCAAUUAGACGACACAUAAAAGAUGGUUCAAGACCAAAUCAAGAAUCAGCUCGAUUAGAUUCUCAAUUUUAUUUCAAAAUAAAACAUGAUACUGAAAUUAAUAAAAUUAUCUUUAUGAAAAACAAAAACUUAGCUCACAAUCAUCCAUUAGAUGAAAACAUUUACAAGAAUUAUUCAUUUGUUAGAAAUAAAAAGUUACAAGAAAAUAAUGAAGCAUAUGAUUUAUGCAAACUGUUAAUUACUGCAAAAACUUCAACAUAUAAUAAUCGAAAAUUAAUAAAUGAUAAAUUUGACAUUAAUUUAACAAGAAAAGACAUAAACAAUUUUAAACAAAAUUUUCAAUUUAACUUAGUUGGAGAUAAAAGCGAUCCAGAAUUAUUGAAAACAUGGAUUAAUCAAAUGUUAAAUGAUAACUCUCAGAAUUCUGUUCAAAUAAAAAUUAAUGACAAGGGUUCGACAUUUAAAGUUAAUAUUGAAAAUUAUCAAUUGUAUAUAUGUUUAGUACAAAAUGCUAAUUUAAAAGGCAUGCCUGUUUCUUAUUGCUUAAUGAAACUUAGUGAUUUAUCUGAAACACAAGUUGUCAUGAUUGAUAAAGAUUUAACAAAUGCUGAUAUUUCACGACAUUAUUUUGAUAAAGCACGAACAUUACUAUGUGUAUUCCAUGUUCUGGAGUAUUUAAAAGUUUAA